AUGGCCCCGGAGCGCGGUGACCGUUCGCUCCCGGCCGGUACCGAGGGUCUUCCCCGGGUUUUCCUGCAGAGCCUGCGGACUCUUUUCGAUAUCCUGGAUGACCGGCGGCGGGGUUACGUGCACUUACGGGAGAUCGAAUCGCGCUGGCGGGGAGCGGAAGCCCAGGAGCUGCCCGCCGGGGUGAUGGAGGGGUUGCGGCAGGCGGCGCCGGCCAGCGGCUACCUCACCUUCGAGAGGUUCGUCCUGGGGCUGCGGGCGGCCCUGCCUGGGGCUGAGCCCCCGGUGGAGGGUGGCAGCGGCGGACGGCGGAGCGUGGAGAAGCCGCCAAGCCCUCGCUGUUCCGAGGAGCGGCGGGGGAAGAGCACCGGGCAGCGGGAACCGGGGCACGGCCAGCCCCGGGGCCGCGGUGGUGAUGCAAAGUCUGCUGGGCAGUCCCAGGGAGACAGUGGCCACCCAGGGGCUGGGGACAUUCGGAGGCAUCAGAGAGGCCGUGCAGAACACCGGAGACACACCAUCACCAGUGGCGUGGACUUCAGCAUGCUGAAGUACAUGAAGGAGCUGGAACAGGAGAAGGAUUUCCUGUUGCAGGGUCUGGAGCUCAUAGACCGGGCUCGAGAGUGGUAUCAGCAGCACAUCCAGCUCAUGCAAGAGCACCAGCGGCUCCUGGGGAAGAAGAGGACCAGUGCUGAUUUCCCUGAAGGUGGCCAGAGUCACCUGGGGCGCCUGGUCCCCAAGCUGCAGGAGGUGAACCGCUGCCUGGGUGACCUUCUUUCCACUGCUGGCAAGGAGGUGACUGACAAGAGUGAGCGCAUCACCCAGUUGGAGCAGGAGAAGUCUGCCCUGAUCAAGCAACUCUUCGAGGCUCGUGCCCACAACAACCAUGAGAUGAGCCAGCUGGACUCCACCUUCAUCUAGCACAUGCUUCCCCUGCCCCAUCCCCAAACUUCUUCGGGGGUUUCAAGGGACUUUUGCCCCAAACUCAUCACACCCACUGCUCCAGGUGUUCUGUCUCAAGGUCUGGGGCUGCUGGUGGCAGCUGGAAACCAAGACCCCUCUUGGGGAGCAUCCUCGCCCUCCUGAUGGCUUAUCAGCCAUGCUGCUCUCAAGCUGCUCCUUUCCUGUCUCUAAAUGGGCUGCAGGGAUGCUGUCCCCAGCCCUGUGACUCCCAGCAUGCAGGACACAGGGCUGCUGUCUAUGCUGCCUGUGUCGGCUGAGCUGCUGUGCCCUUGCUGACUUAGGCUGGAUUUUGGGUGCUUUUGGGGAAAAGUGAUGUAUCUUCAGCACUCCAGCCAGCAUCUCCAGACCAGUCUGGCCCUUAGAGGAUGCUGGCUCCUGCCGUUGGAAGACAAGAUUGGAAAUCCAAGGAGGCAUGCCUGGCCCCUCUCUGCUGCCCAUGUUCUGCCUGCCAGAGACACUGGCCCUGUAGUGCCCAAACUGGUGGUCCUCAUGGCAGCUCCUCUGUCAUGUUUGUGUUAGUGGUACUAUAGUUGCUGUUUACAUGUCUGUAAGCUAGGGAAUGAGCCAUAGACCCAGCCAAGAUAGCCUACACCUCUGAGCUGCUGUUUUGGGCAUUUGACAAGUUGAGGCAGACACCUCACCUCACACGUUACUUGUCUUGACCUGGCAAAUACUUCCUGAUGUCUGCCAGGAUUAGAUUCUUUUCAUGAUGACUGUAAAAGGAGUAAUGAUGUUCCAUAGCCUGAGGAUGCUCACAUCAGCCUGACCUCACAGAGGGGCUUUAGAACUUGGUUUUGUAUUUAACUGAGUGUGGGACAGAGCACAGGCUGAUAGGCUCUGCACUGUGCACUUCUGCACGUGGAGAAAUGGCAGCUCUGCCUCACGUGGUUGUGGAGGCUACUUGCCAGGGACGACAUCCUGACUGUGAGCUGCACUUCUCUGCAGGUCUCUUGAGGGGUGGUGGUGGUCAAAGAUGGGUCCUAUUAGAUGGCAUAUCUCAGGACUCCUCGUGCUUCCCACCACCUCAGUGAUGAUGCUUGAGCUGAAUGACAUUUGGUUGUGGCUUGGUACUUGGUAUCCGUGGUACUUUCACUGGAGAUCCCCUGUAGUGCAGCCUGGCCCCCAGGGUCAGGACCUUUUUCUCUGGGCUUGUUUCAUGCUCUGACUCUCCAGGCAUAAUGCUGUGGUGCUGUGCUGGGCCGAAGGUGCUGGUGCUGCCCUGAGCUGACACAUGCAGGCCAAUUCUGUUCUCACUUCUGUUCUUAUCUGUCAGGACUCUCUGUCCCAUCCAGCUGUUCUCUUUGAGAUUCAUCCUGAGCUAAAGCUCACUGCAAGGCAUGAAUCCCUACUCUGUCCAUGUGCCUGCAGCUGGAGUGGGGAUCAGCAGAGUGCCAGGGAGAUGGUGGAGGAGGAGCAGCAAGGCUAUGGCUAGUUAUGUCCCCUGUCUGAAGGAGUUGAGUGUUAGUUGUCCCCUGGGCAUCAGUGCUUGCCAUCCUUUUUGUGAUGCUCUUCUGGUGUCUGGUGCCUGUUUUGCCUGAGGUUUAAUUAGAACUGACCCUUUUUAUGAGGGUUACCUGUCUGUAGGGAUAAUAAAGUGAGGUGACCUAUUUAA